UCGUUUGAUGUGGUCUUAGUCACUAAGACUUAGUCGUUGCUCAGUCCCUGCAAGUUGAAUUGCAUGUGCCUGUCGGUUGUAAGGUUGUACGUGUUGUGUAGGUUGAGGUUGUGCUUGUGAGAGAAGUUGUGAGACUGUAUGAGUAUUGGCAUUGACCGAGUGUGUAUCUCUGGGACGUUCUGGCUCGAAGGGAGGAGGAGAAGUGGAAGGUGUGGACAGACUCAGCUCAGGAGGGGUGAGUGGUGGGCCACUGCUUCCGUUAUUCGAAACAGUGUCAUGAACAGCACUAGCAUGGAAUGGUGGAUGGGGAAGGAAAGUAUGCAAGGGGUCAGAGAGAGGAUCUCACCUUGGGAGUGGUUGUACAUAGACAUUGUUGCAAGUGUGUGCUUGCCGAUUAUUGCUUGUGCUGCAGAGCAGGAAGAAGUACACAAAUGUAUAGAAUUAUUGAAGAAAUCGUUCAGCAUUGGAAACAAUGUGGAUGCACGAAUGCGAAUUCAAAAAGGAAGGCAAACUAAAAGAAAAGGAGGACAACAAAGGAGAGGCAACUGCAGAGGAGCAGAAGGGAGACAAAAAAGGCAUAGGUCCCUAAAAAAGAAACGCUAGGGCUGGGUUGUGUUGUUGCAGGAUCUGAGCUCAACACAGGCAUUACAAUGACUGAUUAGAGAGACAAGUGUAGCAAUGUUUAUUGUCUACAUAGUUACAGGCAGUGUGCCUGCUGGCAAGUAGAGGACUGGACUGGAGGGAACAAAAGUAACAAGUGCCACCAUUCAC